AUGGCAUUUGUAUAUUAAGCUUAGCGAGAUCUAAACCAAUUAUUGACAUCUGUCCCAUCUAAUGUACUCUCAUUAUUCUAUUCAUAACAGGUGGGUCCAGGUUCUUAUGGGCAACAAAAGAAAAAACCAAUUAAGUAAUCUAUUGCUCCCUUCAAUUCCCUAUCAAGCCGACUUAAUCCAUUAAAAAAUUCCUCCUUUCCAGGUCCUGGAAGUUAUUGUGUAAAUUUUGCAAGUGCAGGAUAGAAAGUGCUGCUUCAAUCUAAUCAAUAAGACCUUAAGAUUCUUGAAAUCCAUCAAUAACAGUCUGUUUUUGCAUCCAAAUGUAAACGCUUUUAAGGAGUUAAUACAAGUGAUAAUCCUGGUCCUGGAUCUUACUAACCAGAAUCAAUUUAACGUCAACAUUAUCACAAGGGAUCAGCCGAGAAUUUUAUUGAGUCUUUGUUGAAGUUGAAUAGGAACAAGUCAAUUCCAUCCAUCCCAACUAAUGAAUAAGUGUAUGGUUAUGUAGAUGGUGGAACUCUUUAAUUAAAUAAGAGUCCUUAAGUGGUUAUUUCAGGAUCAAAGAAUGAUUCAGUAGGUCCUGGACAUUAUGAAGUAAAGAACUCCUUUGAUCUGUGUAAAGGGAAGGGGGUAAAUUGGCACUCUUCAAAACAACCCAAACUAGCACCUGUUAUAUCUAAAGAUUAAAAAAUGAUAGUUGGACCUGGAACAUAUGAUAUUUAAAAUGAGAGCUAACCACUGUAUAAAUUGAUGCCCUCAGGAUCUUUUCAAUCUAAUACUCAGAGAUUCAAUAAUUAAGAGAAAGGAUAAAGAACUAAAGAAAUCCUUAAACUUCAAUUUGAAAAGAAGAAAUCUCAGUUACUCUAAGAUGCAUAAUUUCAAGACUUGAAAGAAGAAUAAUUCGAGGAAAAUGAAAAUGAUUUGCCUGGUCCUGGAUUUUAUGCAAAAGAUUAGAGUGCAGUAACUCAUACUAAAUCUACUUCCAAAUUAGGAACACAAUGCUUUGGAUCCAAAUUGAAAAGAUUCGAAAGUGAUUCACAUUUGAUCUAAGUUGGACCAGGAGACUAUACAAUUGAAACAUCACUAUCAAAAAGUAGUCUCUCAUAAAAGUACCCACCCUUCUUAUCAUCGAAUACUCGUUUCGAAUAAAAACACUUGAACGGAAAGAUUGGACCUUAAUCUUACAAUAUAAAAUAGAGUUUGGAACAUGAAAUGAUCAAAAAACUAGAAAGAUCUCCUGUUGGCAAAUUUGGCUAUAAUUCACCUCGAUUUGAUGAUGGUUAAAAUAAAGAACACCAGCUUGGUCCAGGAUACUAUGAGUAUUCAACUUAGUCUCAUUAACAAUAAGGGGCUCAAACUGUGUUUAAAUCUUAAACCAAAAGAAUAGAUCCAAAUGUACAAUGCAAAUUAGAAUUGCCAGCACCUGAUUAAUACAAUCCAAAAAAUCAUACGAUCGAGUUUAAUAUAAAAGAGGAUGAAGAAGAUGAUCCAGAGUUUGAAAUUAAGAGACCUCCAUUUUAAUCGUCGGCUCCUAGAUUUUAAAAUAAAGGGGAUUUCAAAAUUGAUGAAUUAGGUGAAGAACUGUAUCUGAAGAAAUAGAAUCAAAAUAAGGAAGACCAUAAAGUUCCUUAUAAAUAAAAAUAAUCGCCUCCCCCUUUUAAUGUGCAGGAAAAAAGGUUUCAAUAUCGUAAAAUAACUGUUUAAUCCCCAGGCCCUGGAGAAUACAACCAAUCUAUUAAUAAAUCAUGGGAGAAACCAUCUUUUAAUGUUCAAUUCUCUUCAAUUUGA